UGAAAUAUUUUUUCAUGAAAGCAGGUAUAUUUAAAUUCACGGAUACUCAAAUACAAAAUGGCGCAAUAGAAGUGUGCCCUUAGUGCAAGUAAAACGAAGCGAGGAAAAUAAUUUAUUUUUCUAUGUGUAAUAGACUUGAUUGAAAUUAAGAAUUUUGAAAAUGUCUAUGCGACCUGAUGAUCAUAGGAGAAAAUGGAACAGAGAAGAGUACGAAAGAAUAGCACUUCAGCGUCUUCAGGAUGAGAUUGCUGAAGAAGAGUUGGGAAUUCCAAAACAACCUGCAGUAAAAAGAGAGUUGCUCAAACAAAGGGAUUAUAAAGUUGAUCUUGAAUCUAAAUUAGGAAAAAGUGUUGUUAUUAAUAAAAAUACACCAUCAUCACAAACUGGAGGGUACUAUUGCAAUGUUUGCGAUUGUGUUGUCAAGGAUUCUAUUAAUUUCUUAGAUCACAUCAAUGGCACAAAACAUCAACGUAAUUUGGGUAUGUCAAUGAAAAUAGAACGAUCUACAUUAGAGCAGGUUAAAGCACGCUUUGCAACGAACAAAAAGAAAUUAGAAGAAAAAAAGAAGGAUUAUGAUUUAGAACAGAGAGUAAAAGAAUUAAAGGAAGAGGAAGAGAAGAUAAAAGAGUACAGAAAGGAGAAGAGGAAAGACAAGAAAAGAAAAAUUGAAGAAAUUAAUGAAGACAAUGGUGGACCUUCAGAUGAAAUGGCAGCGAUAAUGGGUUUCUCAGGUUUUGGUUCUAAAAAAAAGUGACAAUGAGAUACUAUCGGAUUAUUUGAUGAGAAAUUGCCUUCUGAGGAUAUAUCUUAAGAAAAGACUAUGGUGUUAUUAAUUUCUUAAGAAAUGUUUCAUUUGAGAAUUAACGUUGAACACUACAAGAUCAUGGAUAAAAAAGACUGAUCUUAUUAUAAAGAUUUAUCUUUGAUAUCAAUAUUUAAGUUUCAAUAUAAUUUAAUUUAUUUCCUUUUUCUUGCAUGACCAGUGUUUAAAUGAAUAGAUAAUUUUUAUCUAUAUCUGAUAUAACGAACAGCAAUCCAUUUUUUAAACACAAUGAAAGUAUGUUGAUUUAGCAUAUAAAAACAGUAAAAUCACUAUGGAAAUUAUGUGAAAUAGCUUUAGCCUUAUGAGUCAUUUGUCGCUAAUGUACUCUAGAUUUACUGCAAUACUAAAAUUAAGCUUUAUGAAGUAUAUUUACAGUUUUUCUGGACCAGCAAUGUAAUGAACAUUAUUUAAACAAUAUUGUAAUUUGUCAAUAAAAGUACAAGAUUUUAUAUACAUGGAA